AUGGGAAUUCGAUUUUUGACAAUAAUUUCUCAACUUAGGAAAGUUUUGAGUCCAAGGUCUAUGCAAAACCGGGCAUCUCCAUUUCCGGGAGGUACGAGGAUAGAAGAUGUUCCAAAGGGACAUUUUGCUGUUUAUGUUGGAGAGCUCAAUCAGCACCGGUUUGUGGUUCCUAUUUCGUACUUGAAGCAUCCUUUGUUCCAAGACUUAUUGGGGCGUUCCGAGGAAGAGUAUGGCUAUGAUUAUCCCGCAAGUUGUCUUUCUAUCCCAUGCAGUCAAAAUGCAUUUCUGGAUGUUACUUGUCGAAUGAAGGAUUACAAUUGA